AUGGGCGGAGUGUCUUCUACUACCCGGUCCCAGGAUGCCAUGGACUUCCCAAACGGCAACGGAAAUGGAGAUACAAUCAGCUCCUGUGGAGUUUCAUACGACUACUUAAUGGAAGUAAACAAAAGCACCAAACGCUAUAAUGCAUUUGGACUGCAUGGUUAUGACGUCUAUGGCUACCCAUCCAGGGGCCCGAACGGUCGUCCAAGCAAGUAUUCAGUUAUAGUGAAGCCGAACGCAGAUAUCGUCGACACGGCCUUCCUUGGGUGGAACAAGUUUGCGCCACCAAAGCACCGCUUUACAGACCAGAGCGUGGAAGACAGAUUUUGCUCCCUCCUCAGCAAGUCUGGGGGGAGGCUCUGGCCUAGCAAUGUCCAUCAUUUCGAGAGCACCGUGGACCCAACGACGGCAGAUCCCGGGGAUGGGCUACAGUGGUUUUUUGCAUGGCCUGGCAUCGAGGAACAUCCAAGUGCGAGGAACCUGACAUCCGGCGAGGAAGAGUUUGUGGAGGAGGGCGGUGUUUGGGCAUUGGAAUACAAGUACGAUUCCGAUCAUGGAGAGCAUGGGAAGCUGAGGAUGUGCAUCACGAUGGCAGAGAAGGUCGAGGUGAUGAAGGAGCUAGUCCCGGGGAAAGUCGGUCUAUCUACGUAUAUUCCAGUGGCAUGGUACGAUGAGUCGAAAGGCAGCGUUGCAGUCCCGGCUGCUGCUCCGUCAGGUAAGCUACAGACCCUUGUUCACCGCUGGACGCACGACCACCUACGAUGUCAAGCCUACAACUGCCUCCCGCCCUUGAAGCGACGAUGCUUCUCUCGCCCUGCAACGGCGCUUUCUCACCCGUCUCCCUUCCACCGAAACCAUGAGAGCGUUGCUCAUCCCGCCGAGUUCGCAGCCCAUAUCGGCCAUAAAGCAAAGGAGAAGGAAGAAGACAAGGAAUUCUUCCUCGACCUCUUAAGUUCCGCAACUACCAAACGAGAAGCAAAGUCAUAUCUCUCCCGGUUUACAGCCCCCCCAAAACCACUUCCUGCCGAUAUACACUCGAAUGAGGAGAAUACGGCUGGGUCUCAGGCUGUCAAUGCAAAAGAUAAACCCGCGGUGGCCUCGGUUAAGUCUUCGACCAAAUCCGUGGCUUUCGAUUUACCGAACUCCAAGGCCACAGUUCAGGAAAGCCUACAUGUUGCUUUGGUUAAGAUCAAAAACCCGCAUAUGCUGGAUGAUGCAUGUCUUCAUGGCAUUUCCAAGACCCUCUCGCAGCUUAGCAGGCUUGCUAUGAGCUGCUGCAUUGUAGUAGACGUUGAUACCCCUGGGAAUAAUGCAGAUUACCGGAGACUAGCAUCCGACCAGGCAAGCCGCUUUGCUGCUGGAAUCGAUAAAGUCCAUAGCUUGGGUGCACGGCGAUUGGACUCGGUGAUGUCCCUGGAUGGACCCGCACGCACGCCUUCCGUUUUGUCUAGAAAGUCGCUACUUUCUCCUCUAUAUCGCGGUCAGAUCGUGGUAGUUGACCCUGUCGGCUAUACAAGUGAUACCUCGGAGGCGUUUCCGAUAUCAGCAGAUGAGCUGAUAUUAGCGUUGACAAGAGAGCUAGCCGGCCUAACAUGCAAACCUACGUUGGAUGAAAGUGCGAAGGAAGCAGCACGGAAAGUUAAAGAGCGGCAGCAGGAGGUGUCUCUAGAGAGGCUCAUUGUUCUAGAUCCAUUGGGCGGUAUUCCAUCGUUGGGACAUGGGCGACAUAAAUCUCAUGUUUUUGUUAACCUUGAACAAGAAUACGAGGAUAUCCGGAGCGAGAUAACCCAGGCCACCAGAUCCAAUCCACGGCGUGUACAAGAAUCCGACGCACCUGGGCUGCAAAAUGGACUGGAAGGACACCUAGCUAACCUGACAUUACUCCAAAAAACACUGGCAAUUCUUCCACCAUCCUCUUCAGGCCUCAUUACAACCCCACACGACGCCACAAACUUAGCAAACAGCCGUCGCGGCUCAUCGGGGACUCCUAUGGUGGGCACUCGCCAGCGACGGAACCCCUUGAUCCAUAAUCUCCUUACAGAUAAGCCUGUCCUUUCUGCGUCCCUACCCGCCCGCCGGCGCGGCGAGGAGAAUGGCGACCAGACCCCAAACAACACCCAGCUACGCCAUUCAACUUUUGUGAAGCGUGGGAUGCCGCUGACCAUGCUGCCUGAUCCGAGAAUUAAGUGCUGGACUGCAGCGAAUAGCGGAGCGCCCCGAAUAAACUUGACCGAUACAGCAAUUGACCUACCACGGCUAGUUCACUUGAUUGAUGACUCUUUCAAUAGAAAAUUGGAUGUUAAACACUACUUGGAUCGGGUAAACAAUCGACUUGCAGGCCUGAUCAUUGCCGGUGAAUACGAAGGCGGCGCGAUUUUAACCUGGGAAACGCCUCCCGGUGUCCCAGACGACGGGAGCCCCGAGAGUAUAGUGCGAAUGGUUCCCUACCUGGACAAGUUUGCCGUUCUAAAGAGAAGCCAAGGCACAGGCGGCGUUGCUGAUAUUGUUUUCAACGCGAUGGUCCGAACCUGUUUCCCCAGAGGAGUCUGCUGGCGAAGCAGGAAGGACAACCCGGUUAAUAAGUGGUACUUUGAAAGAUCAAGGGGGACGUGGAAGCUCCCAGACUCGAAUUGGACGAUGUUCUGGACCACAGACAACGUACCAGAGAACGAACAGCUUUUCGAGGACUAUGAAGGCGUCUGCCGUUCGAUCCAGCCCAGUUGGGCCGACGGCAAGAAGGAGAUCGACUGA